GUUCUUGGUGGCCGAGAGAGAGAGAGAGAGAGAGAGAGAGAGAGUUAGUUUCAUCUCAAAUGGCUACUGUUUGUCCAGUUGCUCCGCUCCACCAAGAAGCUAAUACUUCUCUGCUCAAAAUACGAAGUGCUAAGACUCUAGCUGAAUCUUCCAAGCUCACUUCCAUCCCCUCCCACUGCACCUUCACCAACUCCACUUCCGGUGAUCAAGCCGUUCAUCCUGACCACGAUGACUCCAUCCCCAUCAUCGACUUCUCUCUCCUCUCCUCAAGUGAUCCCGAUCAACGGUCUAAAGUCAUCUCGAAUCUUGCAAAGGCUUGUCAAGACUGGGGCUUCUUCAUGGUGAUCAACCAUGGAGUUCCCGAGAGCCAAAUGAAAGCAAUGGUCAACAUGCUGACAGGAUUCUUCGAUCUGACCGAGGAAGAGAAGAUGGAGUUCAAAGGGAAGCACGUGUUGGACCCCAUAAGAUGCAGGACGAGCUUCAAUGCUUCGGUCCACAAGGUGUUUUCCAGUAGAGAUUUUCUAAGGGUGAGUGUGCAUCCGAAGUUUCAUUGCCCCACCAAACCAGAAGGCUUCAGUGAAGUUUUAACAGAAUACUCUGGGGCGGUCCGGAAAUUAGCUAGAGGACUGCUCAAGGGUAUUUCGGAAAGCCUAGGACUCGAACCGGGCUAUAUUGACAAGGCAAUGAACAUGGAUUCAAGCCUACAGAUAUUAGCGGCGAAUCUGUAUCCGCCGUGCCCGCAGCCAGAACUCACUAUGGGCGUGCCACCACAUGCAGACCACGGCCUGUUGACCAUCGUCCUGCAGAAUGGAAUUGGUGGCCUCCAAGUGCACCAUGGCGGGAAGUGGGUCGAAAUAGAUCCCAUUCCGAACGCCUUUUUGGUCAACACUGGUGAUCACCUAAAGAUUCUGAGCAAUGGGAAAUACAAGAGUGUUCUACAUCGAGCUGUCGUGAACGACAAGGCUACAAGGAUAUCGAUCGCUCUGUCUAAUGGACCAUCGCCCGACACUGUCAUCACGCCAGUGGAGCAGCUAGUGGAUGGCAAGAACAACCGAGCCGUGCACAUCGGGAUGAAAUACAAGGACUUCCUGGAACUUCAACAGAGCAUCGUACUCAAUGGGAAAUCGGGCCUGGAUGGGGUUAUAAUGCAGCCUGAACUGUCGGAACUUCAACAGAGCAGGGUUCUCUAUGGGAAAUCUGGCCUGGAAGGGGUUUUAGUGCAGCCUAAACUGUUAUACUAAUGGAUGUGCGAUCAUGUUCUGCUUCCAGACUGUUUGGACUCUUCAAAUUGCAACCCUAUGGAACGCUAAUAUUAUGUGAUUCCAGGUGCAAGAACCAUAUAGCACUGAUGUAUUUAAGCUGGUCCUUUCAGUGAUGUAUCUUCUUGACAGAAUAAAUGGAAGUAAGAACACCGUAAGAUUGUAGUUCUAUAAAUCAUGAUGGUUGGUCAGUAUGAGCUAGCAAAUUUUUCU